AAAUUUCUUAGCCAUGCUUCAGUUAUUCUUUUGUUGCCUAGCUCUCUUAUUUUGUCUUGUCAAACCUGACCCGGAUCCGUUACAAGAUUAUUGUGUUGCGGACACAAAAACUCCCCCAUCUGUUUUUACUAAUGGCGUGCUCUGUAUUAAUCCAAAUUUAGCAUUUGCUUCUCAUUUCAAGACUUCAGUUUUAAGCAAACCCGGCCGCACUAGUGGGAAUCCAUUUGGGUUCAAUGUGACACUCACCAGCACCACAAAUUUGCCCGGGAUCAACACCUUGGGCCUGACCAUGGCCCGAGCUGACAUAGCAGCCAAUGGACUGGUGCCGCCCCAUUCACACCCACGAGCCUCGGAAGUAACCAUUUGCCUUCAGGGCAAUCUUCUUGUGGGCUUUGUAGACACGUCAAGUCGCCUAUACACACAACAACUUCGUCCAGGUGAAUCGUUCGUGUUCCCUCAAGGAUUGAUUCAUUUUCUAUUCAACCUCGACUCCAUGCACUCGGCACUGGUCUUAUCUGGCCUCAGCAGCCAAAACCCAGGAACCCAAUUAACAUCAAUAGCCACAUUUGUGUCCAAGCCAGGAAUACCUGAUGAAAUUUUGAGGAAAGCAUUUGGAAUCAACGGCCAAGAUGUUGCCAAGAUUCGUAAAAACCUUGGAGGGUAAUCAUCCGUUUGAGAGCUUGUUUAUUCAUAAUAAUUGUGUAUUUUAUUUAAGUAUUUAUUUUUUAAACUAUGCAAUUGGGGCUGGGAUGAUGCCUGAUGAACGUAGAAAGCUGGGUUUGUUUAUUACUCUAAGUAGACUUGCCAACGGUCACUUGUUAUUUAACACAUGGAAUGAGAGACUAUUAAUAAGAUGUGAAUUUUUUAUGAAAAAAAAUUUUAGUCACCUUCUCUUU